CCAAGAUCUACUUCAGAAAAGACUGAAAAUGCAAACCUAAUAGGACUGUCUUCAUAGCAGCUGAUUAUGAAUUGCUUUUAAACGUUUUUAAUUAUCAUAGAUGUUUUUGAUGUUGUGAUGGAACGUGAGUAGACUAUGAGAAUUGUUUAAAUGGUUUUUCAGAAAAAUGAUUUGCGACGCAUCUUUCUUCUGUCUGUGUUCAUUGCUCUUGAACGGUGUGUUUGGCGCUGGUACAGAUGAAGUGAAGUCAGUGUCAGUGAUGGAGGGAGAUUUUGUCUCUCUAAACACUGAUAUUACUGAAAUACAGAAAGAAGAUCAGAUACUGUGGAUGUUUGGACCUCAAGAGACUCGUCUUGCUGAAAUAUAUAUCCAACCGAUCAAAUAUUUUAAUAGCGAGAGAUUCAGAGACAGACUCCAGAUGGACAGUCAAACUGGAUCUCUGACCAUCAGAAACAUCAGAUCUGAUCUCACUGGACUUUAUAAACUACAGAUCCUCAACAACAGAGGAACUUCAUACAAGAGAUUCAAUGUUACGGUCUAUGCUCGUCUGCCCACUCCUGUCAUCACCAGGCACUUUUCACCAGUUCACAAUCCUUCAUUAUCAUCAUCAUCAAGACCAUCAGAGUCCAGAUGUUCACUGGUGUGUUCAGUGUUGAAUGUGAGUGAUGUGACUCUCUCCUGGUAUAAAGGAAUGAGUGUAUUGUCCGGGAUCAGUGCGUGUAAUAUCAGCAUCAGUCUCUCUCUACCUCUGGAGAUUCAGUGUCUGGAUGAUUCCUACAGAUGUGUAGCGUCUUAUUCAUUCACCAACAGAACUACACACCUCAACACUGAUCUCUGUCACACAUGCUCAGACGUCAUUCAGCCGUCACUUCUUAUUCCGCUGACAUCAGUUGGUUUAUUGAUGGUUUAUGCAGCAGUUGUGUUGGUGAAAUACUUUCACUGCAGGAACUGCAAACAAGCAUCACAACAGGAUCUGACAACCACAGAGUCUGAAUACACACAGAUCACCUACUAUCUUCAGACAGGAGAUCUGCCACAGAAACCAUUGCUGGAUGUGGGCAGAAAAGGGACAGCUGUGAACUAUCAACUCAUACAGUGAAGACUGUUGUAUAUCAAAAUAUAUUGUGUUUUUGCACAAAUUAGACUCAGGCAACAUUUCUCCAGUCUUUUAUUGUUUAAUACUGGUGUGUGAAUUGUUUGUAUAUAGCCUCAGAUUCUUGUUCUUAUCUGACUGAGUGUCACUGUUGUGUUUUCUGCUUCUGUGUUCGAUAUGUUGUACGUUCAGAGAUGUUCGUCUGCAGAACUCGAUGUCGGUAAUGUGGGGUUAUAUGUUACUGUUGUGUGUGAUGUUGGAAUCGCUGGUCUAGUUGGAGUUUAUUGCUUAAAUUUCACUUUGUUUGAAAUUCUCAGCCAUUAUCUUCGCAUUGAGUUUAUAUUAAACAAACACCUGAGGCUACAAACAGAUUUAAAACCAUAUAGCAAUUCACGAGUUCACACUUAGAAAUCAAUCAGAUAAAUUGGUAAACGUAUUUGGCAUGCUGUCCGGGGAGAGCUCCUCUGAUCUUGGUAAUUGGCCCGAAAGCAGAGUAUGAAUCAAAUAAAACAAUUACAAAAAAUAUACUAUUAUUAUUGACAAUGUUAUUGACCUCACUUAUUAAAAUUUCCGGGUGACUUCAAGUAAAUAGGAGGUCAAAGAGGUUAAGCUGACAAAAAAAGUGAGAUGGAAAUAAUGAAAUAAUCCAUCCACCCGGUUAUUUGUUCAGCUUGUCAGAUAGGAGAUGUUUGUGCAGCUAAUUCUGGAAAUUUUCCACUGUAUUUUACAUUUUUAGCUCUGACCUCAGCAGAAAAACUGCACUGAACGCUUCAUGUAUUAAUAUCACUGU